CUCACUGUCUUCGUCUCUCUUCGAGAUGAGCUUUUGCGCGGGUCAAUCCUUACUUAUCAAACGUCUUCAAUCAUCAAGCUUUGAAGCUUCCUUUUAACAUUCGAAUAAACCUCUAAAUGGUGACUAGCAGCGGCUUAUUCUUUACCCGUACAUGUUACUUAAGGCUACAACCUCCGUGCCUCGUAUUACGCCGGAGAUUCUGUGCUUCCUCUGUUUCUCUGAAUGGGAACAUUUCGAAUAAGAAGAGAAACUCAGAGAAGGAGAAGGUGAUUGUGAUUUCUGGUCCCACCGGCGCAGGGAAAAGCAGACUUGCCUUAGAGCUAGCUAAGCGUCUCAACGGAGAAAUCAUCAGUGCUGACUCUGUUCAGGUGUACAAAGGCCUUGAUGUUGGAUCGGCGAAGCCAUCAGCAAGUGAUAGAAAGGAGGUGCCUCAUCAUCUUAUAGAUAUUCUGCAUCCGUCUCAAGACUAUUCUGUGGGGCAAUUUUUCGAAGAUGGAAGGCAAGCUACUAAAGACAUACUUAGUAGAGGGCGUGUUCCUAUAGUUACAGGUGGCACUGGAUUGUACCUGCGAUGGUUUAUCUAUGGGAAGCCAGAUGUGCCGAAACCUUCUCCAGAGGUCAUCUCUGAGGUUCAUGAUAUGCUAGUUGAUUUUCAGACCGAUCAUGACUGGGAUGCAGCUGUUGAGUUCGUGUUCAAUGCUGGUGAUCAAAAAGCAACUUCUUUAGCUCGUAAUGAUUGGUACAGACUUAAGCGUAGCCUCGAGAUACUCAAGUCUACUGGAUCUCCACCGUCUUCUUUUCGUGUUCCGUAUGAUUCUUUUCGAGAAAGUUUGAAUUCUCCUCCUGAUGCCAACGACUUUGAUGAGAAUGGUUCAUCAGCUGAUAUCUCUGUUCAAAACAUACACACAGAUUUGGAAUAUGACUUCCUUUGUUUUUUCUUGUCAAGCCCACGGAUUGAUCUAUAUAGAUCUAUUGAUUUCAGAUGCGAAGAUAUGCUCUCAGGUGCGGAUGGAGUUUUGUCAGAAGCUAGGUGGCUUCUUGAUCUUGGUCUACUUCCAAACACUAAUUCUGCAACUCGUGCCAUUGGGUACAGACAGGCUAUGGAAUAUCUAUCAAAAUGUCGGCGACAAGGAGGUGUAAGCUCCCCUGGAGAAUUUUAUAGUUUUUUGAACAAAUUUCAGCAAGUAUCUAGGAACUUUGCAAAAAGGCAAAUGACAUGGUUCAGGUGUGAGCCUAUGUAUCACUGGCUUAAUGCUUCUAAGCCUCUGGAUACAAUACUUGAGUUCAUUUAUGAUGCUUAUGAGAAGGAAUCAGAGACGCUAGUGGUGCCAGAUUCUAUUAGAAUGAACAAAGACAUGAGAAACUCUCGAGAAGCUAAUGCACUAAAGGCCUACCGCCCUAGAAAUAGGCAUUUCGUUGGAAGAGAGGACUGUUCUUCGGUAUUGGAGUGGAUCAGAAGUGAAGGAUGUAAGAGUGAAGCUUCAUGCGUGGAAGGAGUAGCAAUGUAA